AUGCCCCCCCCAGCUUCUGCAUGGCGUGUGGUGACAUGUAGGAGAUGUGAAUUAUCUGUUGAGCUGUCCAGCUGUAACUGGGCUUCCUUCAUUAGGUUCCCAAUAGGAAUGGGCUUGCGAUUCCUUCUUGACCUAGGAUGCCCAACCUAUGUAAAUGCAGGGCUUCUCUUCACUCUUCUUCACAUCACAAACUUAACUUCUCUACUUUCUAGCUUCAGAGAGAUCUUGAAGAAUUUGUAUUGCUUGUCGAAGAGAGGAGUCGUCGUGCAUCCCAAGCUAGUUGUCGUCAUGACAUGCGACGAUUGGCAGUGGGCGGCAGCUGUGGUGGGGCAGGUGCACGCAGAUGGACCAGCUGUUGCCUAUCAUUGCAGGUCUGGGCUAGAGCAUGCUGGGCCUCGUGCAUUGCAGGCCUCGUUAGCUAAGUGGGUAUCUGGAGGAAGUUGGUGUCCUGCCCCCUGCCCAGGAUGUUGA